UCUUACUUUUCCUUUUUCUUUUGACUGCAAAAGCAAAUGAUUGAGUAACCUAUUGUCAAUGAUUUACAAGGUGCUAUCUUACAUUUUAAGUUUGGCUACUACCUUUCUCAUCUCAAAAGUGGGUCAAAAUGUCAUAUGGGCCAACAAGAAAGCAGACGGUACACCAAAACCACCAUGGCCCGUCUCUCCUCAGCAACUCCCUUUUUUCACCAAAGGGUGGACCGAUUACAAUAACGAAGGUUAUCAUGCUUUCACGCGCUGGUCAAAACAGUUGGGUCAUCUGUUUUCUGUCAAACUAGGUUUAAAACGUAUCAUCGUGCUCAAUAAUGCUGAAUGGGUGCAUAAAGUGCUCAUUGAGAAAGAGCAAUGGAAUUCGUCGCGCAUGCUUUCUGACAGCUUGGAAAAGACCUUGACAGACAAUGCCAAAACCAUCUUUACCGCUCCUUUCUCGCUCUAUUGGUCUCGGUUGAGAAGAGCCACUUAUUUGGUCAUUGGCAAAUGGAACGCUUUCCAAUUUCAACAUCUGUUUCAACAAGAGGCGAACAGACUCUCGCUCGGUAUCAGCUCAGCUAUGACCAUGGACAGCAGUAACCAUUCUACUACAAAAAACUUGACAGCAACCGAAUUGCGCCACAUGGUGGAUUUGAUAGCGAUGAAUACAGCGUUGACCAUCGUCAUGGGGAAAAAUAACACAAACGCAAUGGACCCACCACCGCAACACCAUGACGACCCUGCUACCAUGUUGACAUUGCUGCAAAAAAUAAAGGCAUUAGAAGCGCGUCAAACGCAACACCUCAAUCGUGUCGGUCAAUUUUUCCCUUUCAUCAAUGCCUUGUUGGACGUAAAGAAUCUCUUUACGUUGGAUUCCACCAAUGUAAACCUACGAAACGAAAUAUUGGAAAUAUUCUUACCUUGGUUUGAACCUAUCUAUCAACAGCAAGAGCAAGAGCAAGAGCAUCCGCAGCAGCAGAAAAAGCAGAUCGAUGCCAUUGUAAAGAGUUUGUUGCAUAUUGAACCCUCCAGAAAUGAUCCUGAACCUGUUCAGUUGAAAAAAGACGAAGCCUUGGUCAAUCUGGUGCAUAUGGCAUUACAUGCUUAUACCUAUUUAUCCUCUUCCUUGUUUACUCUCAUUCAACGAUUAGCAGCCUCACCUGACCUACAAGCAAAAUUAAGAGAACAGGGGAAAGCUUUUGCGCAAGCGUUGGUCCAUGAGUCUCUGCGGUACGACCCGCCUCAACCUUUACUCGCCUAUGCUCCACGCACAGAUUACGACUUGGACAAUGUGGAAGACGGUCAUCCCACGUCCGCUUACCGUGUCGAUCAGGAUACAGAGAUCAUUGUCAAUGUCCAUGCGAUUCAUAGACAGUCACAAUACUAUACCAAGCCAGAUACAUUCUCGCCUGAACGCUUUUUAAAACAAGAAAAAGAGACAGCACCGCUUUUACAGUUGCCACAGGAACAAAAAGCUGCUAAAAGUGAACAUAAAAAGGCAAGCGAUCACUUGGCCUUUGGUGCUGGACGUCGUGCUUGUAUUGCUAGUCAAUUGAGCACAGAUUUUUUGGCAACCAUCGUAUUACACUUGGUCCAUUCCUUCGAGCUGAAAGGGGGCAAUGUACACGAUAAAAUCGAAUGCAAGACGAAUAUUUGGUCAUGGAUUGGCAGAACAGAAACAAAAGGCGCCAGUAUUGAAUUUAUAAAACGUGAAUGAUGUCGUAUCUACCCAACACCCCAACCCCAACCCUCACUACUCUUACUCACUGCUACGCGUUGUUGCGUCUUUAUUUAUAAACCAAUGUUGAACUCAUUGAACCACCCAAUACCCCCCCCCUCUUUCAUCGAUAGUUUCUCCUUAUCACAAAC